AUGGCUUUUGUAGCACAUCAACCCCAGGGUUUCUAUGUCACACCUUCCACUAGGCAUUUCUCAUGGAACAGAAGGUUGAAGUUGAAGCAGUGUUUGACAAAAUAUCACAUGAUUGGAACAACAAGCUGGCAUCACCUAUCAAAGCAUAAUGUUUGUUUAAGCGUAGGACCUCCUUGCUUUUGUGUAUCCAAGAUCAAACCUUUGAGGAUUUCAGGCUUCAAAGGCAUACCUCGUAACGAUGAUUCAAGGGCUAGUUGGUUGAAGGCACCUAAGACCUCUGUUGGACUAGAGGAGAGUGGGGAAACUCACAAUGUGCCGUUCUCUUAUGCAUCUGAAGCAAGUGAUAGCCUUGCAGCGUCAUCUGCUUUUCAUGGACUCUUCAAUAAAUGGUUGAAAAUGUUGCGCACCCAAUCAUCAUGUCAAGACAUGGAUGGAAUUUUCGGAAAACUGUUUCCAACAAAUUUACCUGAAACUCUACAAAGGACUCAUAGCAAGGACAGAAGUGAGGUUUUUAAGGUGGCAUGGUCCCAUUUUAUGGCCCUGGAUGCUGCAGUAAAGAUUCCUUUGUUGGUAUUUGUUCCUCUCUACCUGGCUGUUAAUGUAAAAUACGGGGCUGAAGUUUCGAAGGAAUUAACUCCUUUAUGGGUUUUCGGGCCAUUAAUUGUGGCUAUACACAUAAUGAUAAUCCGCAGUCUUUGUGCACUCUAUGCCUUAAGCUUCAAUCGAACCGUCAACGUACUUAGGAAAGUACCCUAUUGGUGCAUUUUGUUCAACAACUAUAUUUUCGGCGGCGGGCUCAAAGAACAUAUUGCAGUUUAUCUUUUGCGGCCUAUAUCGAGCUUAAAAGAUGUUGAUUAUGUACAGCUAACACGAAGAAUAUUGAAAGUAUUGCAAGAAUGGUUAAUGGAAAAGUAUCUUGAUUUUGUGGAAUCGAUAUGGCCACAUUAUUGUCGGGCGAUCAGAUUUUUAAAGUCCUCUAAUCUUAUUUGA